AUUGUGUAUGGUUUGAUAACGUAAAACUCCAGACAAGUUUUCUUGUGCGCAUCUGUUUUUAACAUAUCUUGACAUUAUAACUCAUCUGUUUUUCUUUUCAAACAAUCUCAGCGCUAUUAAAACUGAUCACUUUCUGUUUGCUCCUAAUGACUGUGUCUACUGCAGCAACCUUCACACCAGUUCGGUUUCAGACAUUGGUCAGAGACCAGCUGCAUUGCUCUUCCGGCCAGAGAGUUGCCCCAGACCAGCUCAUCAUCCAGCAGAGCUCCACUGCUCAAAGACAGGUCCAGCCCAUUGCGUUGCAUGUCAUGCCACAGGACAGCACUCCUCCUCCCCUUGCCCUGCAGACCCCAAACACUCCCACUACAGCCACCGUCCAAUCAAAGCACACUGAGUUUCUCUCUGUGCCCUCCUCUGCAAGUCAGCCCACCAGUGAGUCAGCAGGUGUGUCUACACCCACAGCUCCCCCUGUAGUGCUCCCUGACCCUCCACCACUUCAUCUGGGCCCAGUGUUAGAACCGGUCUCCCAGUAUUCACCUCCGUCCAGCCCCACUCCCCUCACCAUGGCAAUGCCCAGGCUGGUCCAGCCACAGAGAUCUUGUGUUUCAGUGCCUUCAGAUUAUACUGGUCUUUUUCAUCAGGUGGAGAUGAACCUGCAGGCCACAAUGGCAGAAGAUAGAGAGAACGGAGAAUCAGCACAGGAUGACUGCCUGAUGGAUGCAGACCAACCACAGAACUCCACCGAUUCCAACACUGAUCACACACCUGCUGAGGAUGUUAUGUGGGAAGAGAGGCUUUGCUUGUACCUUCCUCAGGUCCAAAUGCUUCAAUGUCAGCUGAAGACUCCCAUCAUACCAAUGAUAACCCAUGGCUCUAAUUCAAUUUGGAUAGAGAGAGAAGAGGAGGAGGAUCCACCAGGCCCAAUGACAACAAGCCUGCGUUUGCAGGCCAAAAAGGAGAAGGAUCAAGACACAGAAAGAGAACAGAGCAGAGUGAAGAGCAGCAGCAAGCUUGACUCUAGUCCCUCACAGUAGAGCGUGGAACAAGUGUGCUCCUUCAUCAGCUCUUUACCAGGGUGCCAUGAUAUUGCUGCAGAGUUCUGCUCACAGGAGAUUGACGGACAGGUCUUGUUGCUGCUUACGGAGGACCAUCUCAUGAGCACUAUGAACAUUAGACUCGGCCCUGCGCUCAAAAUCUGUGCGCAGAUCAGUGCUCUCAAAGAAAAUUAGAUAGGCUCAUCUUUCCACUCUCAGUAGCCUAUGUGGGUCAUAUUCUAUCACACAAUAUUCCUCUAAAGUGCCAUGAUAUCAGUGUGUGGCCAUUCUACAAAUAAUGUAGACACAUGGGCACCU